AUUGUUUUGUUGUUGGCGACGGUAGCUCCGCUCGGCCACAUACCAAUACGUAGCUACGUACUGCAGCGCAGCAGCCCAGUCAGCACGGCUCAGGGAAGCAGCCGGCGAGAAGAGGAUACCGUACCGUGGACCGUAUCGACCCGUAUCGACCCGUAUCUGGCCGCCGCGACCGCUGAUGUAAACACUACCACAGAAAACGGAAUAGACUUGACAAUAACGACAACGUAUCUUAACCAGCUAGCUGGAGCUUAACGUACAUCGAUUCCUUUGUCCAUGUGGGAAAUGUCUGAUACAUUCUACGUAAGAUUUUAGGUGAAUAAAGAAUGGCUGCUCCGGUGGAGAUAAAGCUGAGGAAUGCGGAGAGCUCGAUUCUCUUCAUGCAGCAGGAGCAUGCAAAAACACUCCAGGCCCUCCACCAGGAACUCCACAAACUGCAGAAGAAAUGCGCCGAACUCAACUUUGAACUUGCCAUGAAAAGUGAUGAUGUCGAUGAAGAGAAAUACAAGAGUGAGAUCGAGGCUUUAACAGUGAAAUUGAGCGAGAAGGAGAAAGAAUGCAACCAAUUUAAAAUAGAUAGAGACACCAACCAUGAUAGGUUGAAUGAACUAGAACAGCAGAUGAAGAUGAGGGAGAAAAUAUUUCAAGACGACCUUGCUCAAAGGCAGCAAAAGAUUUUGACUUUGACGGCAGAGCUGGAGCAGCGCUCCGGUACGAUUGCCUACCUGACUACCCAGCUUCAUCAGCUCAAACUGAAGGAGAUUAAACCAACAGUAGAACAUGUUAGGAGUGAUUCGGAGAGGAAUCAGAGCCCUGCGCCUCCCAAAGACCCCGCCCCUCCCAGGACCAGGCGGUAUAAUAUUCGCACCGGGAAUGGUCCCGUCAAAGGGGUACACCCCGUGAACUGCUUACGCAAUGAUGCCAAUAUUCCCCAACCAAGUCAAGUGCAAUCUCACAUGUUCAGCCGCUUUCAGCGCAUCGGACCGCCCCCGAAGACGGCGAACCCUGUCUUGAGGAGCAGGGGAUGCGACGGGGUGCGGGAUGUUACCGCCUUUAUCGCCCAUGUGGACACCCAAGGGAAGGAGGUUGAAGUGAAGCCUGUACCCCCUAUCUUGCCCCCUAUUACCCCCCAGGAUGCAGUGAGAAGAGAAUAUUCCCUGUCUGCAGAGAUUGAGACUUUGGCCAUUGACAAGCCUUAUGGGGCCGACAGUUCUCUUAGGUCACCGAAUCACUCCCCAUUACACACAGACUAAAUCAUUUUCACUUCUACCAAAAGCAAAACAUUUUCUACCAGAGCUAGCAGCUUUAUUCAUGAUCACAAUGCGUAAAGUUGGAAAGCUUUCUUAAUUAAUACAUAUCAAAUGUACUUAGUGACAUGAUUUUUGCUUAUUGCAGUAUAAUUGCAGACCAUACCUUGGAACUGCAUGCAAAUUUUCACAGUUCUGAAAUAUCAACCAAUCAUUUAUCUGACGAUUUAUACAUGCACUGUCGAAACAAACAGUAGGCUUUUGCAGUGUGGUACAUCCUACAUGUACCUAUCAAGUGGUUGACAUUCAUCUGAAUAAUUGAUCAACUAUUUUCUCUAUGAAGAUAACCAUAACCUUGAAAUGGUUUUUCAUAAUUUUAGCUCAAAAUUCUUUCUUUCGAGAAGUAUGUAUUCAUAUCAAGCCUGAAUCAUUUGAUUAUUUAAUGUUUUCUUGCCAUACAUAUUUGAUGUAUUCAAAUUGUGAAUUAUGAUGUCAAAUCUUCCAUUUUCUUCUGCCUUUAAACCUUGAAAUCAUGGUUACACAUCAGAACUUUAUCUAUCUGGGAUAUAAAUUUUGUGAUAUUGCAAUGCUUAGAUGUGUAUAAUUUUGAUGUGUAAUGUUGGACCAUGAAAAUUUUCCCCAAAAAAUCAACAGUGAGUUGACAAACAGAAGGCCUUUACAAAAAAAAGGGGGGAUGCUUUAAAGUAAAUGUGAAAUGUAGAAAAGUAAUUUUGUGAAGAUUUCUAUCAAGAAAUAUAUCAAUUGAAGUAAAUGAGUAUGUAAGAGUCUCAUUAAGCUCAUGAUUAAAAAGAGCACCUUUUAAUUAUGAAAGUCGGAAUGAAAGAAAUGCUGUAACAAUCCUCAAGUGUCGAGUUAUGUCCUUCUGCAUGUCAACCCCUCAUACUGAUCACCUUGAUGAUGUAAAUAAUUUUUCUCUGACACUUUUUAAGUCUGAUUUGAAAAUAUUUUUUUUGUCUGUCUUCUAGAGAGGCAUGAAGAGGAAGCUUGCAGUUUAUAAACUUGAGACGAAUAAAUUGACAAGAGGAUUCAUUUUUUCUUACCAAUCAUUAGAAAUACAUGUAUGACAAAUAGAAGAUAAGAGAUAAACUAUUACAUUUUAAACGUGAGUCUAUUUUUAACUGAAGAAAUAGUUAUUGUGGCUUUUUAUGUACAUAUUAACAUGUACAUGUUUUAUGUACAUUACUAACCAGUAAGUGGUUAGUAAUCUGUAUGUACAUAUAAAUCAAUUAAAAAAUCCUCAUAAUUUUAAUCCCAUGUUCACACACUUACAGUGGUAUUCAAUGGGGGGGGGGGGGGGUUUAAGGCUAUGCUAUUUUUUGUGUGCACAGUACAUGUACAUGUAUGUAUGUUGAUAGGGAUGUUAAAUAUUCUCAAACUUUGUAGGAAAAUUUGUGCCAGGUAUUGUUGUGAUUUGGAAACUUUCAGAUUGUCCUAUUUUUUUGACAGUAUGUGUAUUUUCACCACUUUCAUUGAGUAUUGCAGCAAUUUUUCAUGACAUGGGGAAUAAUCCUAGACAUGAUUUGUAGCUACUUGCAUGUAGUCUUGCAACAUGCAUACAUGAUAUCUAGUUGGCUGUGUAUGUUGUACCUGUAAUGAGUUUGUUACGUGGAAUAUUUUGCUAUGCAUAUAAUCUGAAUGACCCUCCAAAAACACUCCUUACAAAAUUUGCUUAUUGUUAAUGUUCGUAUUUUAGAAGUAAGAGGAAAACCAACAUACAUGUACAUACAUACAUAACAGGUACUUACAUAGUACUUUACCA